AUGAAUAUAACAAAGGUGUCGUCUUCUGGAUAUGUAAUUGAAUUUAAUCGAGAUACUGGUUUUGGUUUUAUUCAAGAAGAUACAACAAAACGAGUUUUAUUAGUUCAGUUGAACAGUUUCAAGCGGCAUUCAAAAAGAUACAUAAACAAUGAAAAUCAAUAUAUUGGCGAACUAUUCGAUUUUGAUAUUAUUGUUAAACAGAAGAGUGACGAUGAUGGCAAUGAUACAUUGGAAGCAGUAAAUGUUAGACAUCGUGUACUGAAAUGUAACGUUGAAGGAUGUCCACGAAUUAAACCAUUUACAAAUGUGAAAGCACUGGAAGAUCAUAUAAAUAUCAGACACACUUCAAAGAAGAAAACAGAAGAAACAUCUCAGUCUCCUUUAAUUUUAGCUAAAAAACCAAAGAAAAAACGUCGUCCACGCCCUGAACCAAUCGUAAUUAGCCUAUCAUCUCACACAACAGCAGCUACUAUUGGUCGAUUCAUUGGUAAACAGGGUGUUAAUCUCAAACGAAUUGAACAACAGAAUCAAGUCAAACUUCAGCUACUCAAUAGUCGAAAAGCAUAUAAUCCUUUACAAGUUCUCAUGAAACCGACUGUAGGCAUUACAGUUGAUAUCAAAUCAGUUAGUAAAAAAUUAAAAUUUGAAUGGGAACGCUGCGUACGUGAACAGCAAGUACAUGAAAAUAUUCGAGAGGAACGAUUAAAAUUAAUCUAUUCACCCAGGCAAUCAAUUGUUCUUGAAUUUGAAGGCGAUUCAAGAUACAGAACUGACUCAAAAUUUCUUUAUGUCAGACAAUUAAAGCAACAAGACAUGUUAAGAAGAAGGAUAUAUCGUCAAACGGAAUCAUCAGUAAGAGUUCAAGAACGUCAUUCAAGUCUCAACCAAGAAGGACAUCGUUCAGCGGCAACAUGUGGCAGUGAAUAUAGACAGAAAUCGAUAUUUAAUUAUUUUCAACCAAAGAAGAUAAAGAAAAGUAUGAAAGAAAAACAUUGGUUGAUCAAUGAACAGCUACAAGCUCUAGAGUAA